UUGAACCUUGGAUUCAUACUUCAGAUCAGAAGAAAUAUGUUCGUUAGGAAGAACCUGGCAGUCGUCCACGCCAGUGCACCCAAAGAAGCCCCUCUUCCUGCUCAUCCCUCACCUGGUGGUGGCCAUUAUUGGAAAGUUCAUAUUCUUGGAACAAUUGUGGCGAUGCUUUUAUCCUUUUCCAAGGGGAAAUGGGGACCGUUACUGAUACUGAAAGAGAAAGUUGAAACAACGAUAGAGGAACUGGAACAAAUCUCAGACGUCGUGGAAGAAGUGGCCGACAAGGUGGAGGAGGUGGCGGAAGCGGCUGCCAAGCAUCUUCCUGAGGGAAAACUUCAAGAUGCUGCUGAGUUCAUUGACAAAUUGGCCGAAGAAAUAGAAAAAAAUGCCCAUCUGGCAGGAGAUUUGUUAGAAAAGGUGGAAGACAUGGGCGAUGAGGUGGACUCGUUCCUCGAUUCAAACAACCAAGAUAAGACCGUCGUCAGCGAAGAAGCCAAAGAUCACAAGUAAAGAAGUGGCCAAUAUAAUACAUAAUUAAUUCCCUGUGUGGUUUAAUAUAUAUAUAUAUAUCGUUUUUAUUAUAACGAUGAUUUGUGAAGCCUUUUUGUAUCAACUAAUUAAUAAUGGGAUCCCUACAACUUAUAGUCGCAUCC